GACGGCUUGGAGUUCCCGGACGCGGAGCCGAGGGAGCGUAAUGGAACUAAUCAGAUGUCCUGAGCACGGAACCCUCUGUUUGUUGAAGACGGGCGUCCGCGAUGGCGUGAAUAAAGGAAAGAGUUUCUACGUGUGCCGGGCGCGCUCUUGCGGUUUCGUGCGGGCCACCGAUAUUCCUGUGUCCCACUGUUUAUUGCAUGAGGACUUCGUGGUGGAACUUCAGGGAUUGCAUCAACUGCAAGACAAGAAUGAAUACACAUUGUUCUUCCGAUGCAGUAAAAGUAAGGCCGAAGGGAAGCAGUGGUGUGGAGAUAUCCCGUGGCAGGAUCCUGAUUUCAAGGAGGAAGAACGUGGUGUAGUCCUUAAAUCCCAGCCUUCAUCUGAGCCAUUUUACUGUCUUUCCAGCCAGCAGAGAAACCCAUUUAAGGUGCUUAACAAAAAUCAAGAAUCUUCUCUCUGGAGACAGUUCUUCAAAGGUGAGGAUGAGAAAAAGUUGGCUGAUAAGAAGCAAAGGAAAAGGGAAGAUGACAUCUUGGAUCAGGAGAGGGAGCAGAAGCCUGAAUCUGUGAAUGAAGAGAAACAAUGGAAGCCAAAAUCUGUGGAUCAAAAAAAGAAACAGAAGCCCAAAUCUCAGUGCCAGGUGGAUAAAGAUUGCUCAUCCAACCCGGAGGUCAGGAAGAAGCAAGUAGCCACUCAACAAAAGCAGCGAGGGCAAAAAGUAGAGGUUUCUAGCGACGUGAAGGCGAUUGAAGGGACUGACCAAAAAGACCUGUUGGUGACUACAUUCACACAGAGCCAUGAUGGUGAUCUAACAAAGUCUGUUGCAUCCCUUCCGAAGAAAUCCCAUUGGAACAGCCAGUCAGUGAAGGAAGGAUCAGCGCCUCCAAGAGCAGAGGGAUGCAAACCUUUGCCUCAGAUAGCUCACAGUCAGAACCCACUGGGCAAGCCUCAGAAUGGGGCAUACCUCCACAAGGAGCACCCCAGGGACCUGGAGGCCAGCAGCACAGAGCACAGCCCAGGCACACAGACUGAGCACAUCCAGGCUCCGAAAGGGCCAGUUGUGCGUCCUGCAGCACCGGCCGCCAGGCUGUCCUGGGAAGCCAGGCGAGCAGUCGACUCCAGCAGCAGUGACAGUGAGGAAGACGAGGGGACCUCGGAGUCCCUGACGCCGGGGAGCCCCUUACUCUUCGAUGAGACUCCAGACUCUCGGAAGGAGGACCCCAGCCUCCCUGCUCAGGACACGCAGAGAAGACCUGUUGCUGUUGGAGAUGUUGCCAAGAAGGGGGCCACUCUAGACCUGGGGGCCCGGCGCAUGUACCUCACCACGCAGCUGAGGCAGAAGAAGAGCACACUGGCGUCGGUGAAUGUCCAGGCUCUUCCAGACAAGGGGCAGAAGUUGCACAAGCAAAUCCAGGAGCUGGAGGAUGCACUCGGCGCUCUUGCACUCUGCCCAGAGCAAGAUACUCAUAAGACAAGUAACACUCAAGUACCACAGCAGAGUAACUUCUCCAAAACUGCCUCUCAGCCUCCCCACUUGGUGCCCCCACAGCCUCUACAGGGUCAGGAGCUCCAGCAUCAGCAUUUUCGUGGACAGACAGCUACCAAAGAAACUGGACUUUCACACCUUGAUCCCUUCCAUGCUGUGUGGAAGGUCACAAAUGAAGCCAUUGAGGAGCUGCAUCAGUCCCUCAAGUCUCGACCUGGUGAUUCUGUCAUGGCAGAGGACCCCGCUGGGCUGAAGGUGCCUUUGUUGCCACACCAGAAACAGGCGUUGGCCUGGUUACUCUGGCGGGAGAGUCAGAAGCCACAAGGAGGAAUUCUGGCGGAUGACAUGGGAUUAGGAAAAACCCUGACAAUGAUCGCACUCAUUCUUACCCAGAAAAAUCAAGAGAGAAUCAAGGAAAAGAACAACAAAAUAGCUGUGACUUGGCUUUCCAGAGAAGACUCCUCUGAGUUUGUUUCCCAUGGAACACUAAUUGUCUGCCCCGCUUCCCUGAUCCACCAUUGGAAAAAUGAGGUGGAGAAACGUGUGAACAACAGCAGACUCAGAGUCUGCCUCUAUCACGGGCCACACCGGGAACAGCGUGCCAGAGUCCUUGCUACCCAUGACAUUGUGAUCACCACCUAUAGCAUCCUAGCCAAGGAGGUCCCUACAAAGAAGCAAGAGGAAGAAAGCCCAGGUCGAGACCUCAGCAUGGAGGGCACCUCAACACCUCUGCUUCGAAUCACCUGGGCGCGAAUCAUACUGGAUGAAGCCCACAAUAUCAGGAACCCCCAAGUGCAGACUUCCUUAGCGGUGUAUAAGCUACGGGCCCAGGCCCGAUGGGUUGUUACCGGAACCCCCAUUCAGAACAACCUGCUGGACAUGUUCUCACUGCUGAAGUUUCUGCGCUGUUCUCCAUUUGAUGACUUCACGCUGUGGAAGAGUCAGGUGGACAAUGGGUCGCAGAAAGGAGGAGAACGGUUAAGUAUUGUAACCAAGAGCCUUUUGCUGAGGAGGACAAAGGACCAGCUGGACUCCUCCGGAAAACCCUUGGUGAUGCUGCCUCAGCGUAAAUUGCAGCUGCACCGUCUAAAACUUUCUCAAGCCGAGCAGACUGUCUACAGUGUCCUUUUUGCAAGAUCAAGGUCAGCUAUGCAGUCCUAUCUAAAGAGACAUGAAAGUGGGGACUGCAAAACUGGAGGAAACCCUGAUAAUCCAUUUAGUAGAGUGGCACAGGAGUUUGGGCCCAGCGGGUUGGAACAUGCAGCGGCUGUGGACUCUCCAAGGUCCAGCACCGUCCACAUCCUGUCGCAGCUGCUGCGGCUCCGUCAGUGCUGUUGUCACCUGUCUUUGCUGAAGUCUGCGCUGGAUCCCACAGAACUGAAGGGGGAAGGCCUGGUCCUGUCCCUGGAAGAGCAGCUCAGUGCUUUGACUUUAUCCGAACUUGUCACAUCAGAGUCAUCUUCUACAGUGGCCCUGAAUGGCAAAUGUUUCAAGAUGGAGCUGUUUGAAGAUGCAAGAGAGAGCACCAAGAUUUCUUCUCUGUUGGCUGAAUUGGAGGCAAUUCGAAGACAUUCAGCGUCCCAAAAGAGUGUCAUUGUCUCUCAGUGGACCAGCAUGCUCAAAGUGGUAGCACUGCACCUUAAGAAACAGGGACUAACUUAUGCCUCUAUUGAUGGCUCUGUCAACCCCAAACAGAGGAUGGACUUGGUGGAGGAGUUCAACAGCUCCAGGGGCCCUCAGGUCAUGCUGAUCUCUCUCUUGGCCGGAGGAGUUGGGCUAAACCUGACUGGAGGGAACCAUCUUUUUCUUCUGGAUAUGCACUGGAAUCCAUCGCUUGAAGAUCAAGCUUGUGACCGAAUUUACCGAGUAGGACAGGAGAAAGAUGUUGUCAUACACAGGUUUGUGUGUGAGGGAACUGUGGAGGAGAAGAUUCUACAGCUCCAAGAGAAAAAGAAAAACUUGGCCAGACAGGUGCUGUCUGGGUCCAAGGAGUCCAGGAUCAAGCUCACAUUGGCUGACCUCAGAGUCCUUUUUGGCAUCUAAAUCCUGCUCAUCGGGCUCAGAAUAGCAGAACAGUGUCACUGUUGGCUCUAGUAAGGGGCACCAGGGCUCUCUGCACUCUUUGGUAUUUGAUUUCACCAUAAGACUUGCAUAGCCUCAGAGAAUGACACAGGAUCUUCUUGUCACCAGAAUGGAAGAUCACUCUUAUCAGUGAUUUUUGUCAGUCAUUAGGACAUUAAAUGGAUUAUAUUAGCCAAUCAUGUUAAACAACUCAUCGAGUGACAUAGAAGCCAAUGUAUUACUUCAGAUUAAAGGAAAUGCAUUUGUGUUUAACAGUUUUGGAAGACAGCUUAGAGAGAGCUGCAUAUAAAUACCAGUUAAAGUUUGAAGUGCUGUCUGUUGCCUUUUUCUUCUCAGCUGGUUCAGCACCUGUUAUCAUUACUUCUAUCCAAGCACAGACUCCAGUGUGUUGGCAUCUUUUUUGCCAGGAGUCUACUCUGGUAGACCAUCUAUGGGUUGAGCAGAGAGUGGGCCCAAAGCCAUUCCUCUGUAGUUGUCUUUGUCUAGGAAUUCCUCCUCUCAGGCACAGAUUAAGCAGGCUGCAGAUAGACAUAUGUUUGGUAUUGGUAUCAGAGCCUCUGUCCUUUUUGCAAUAUUCGUAUUUUUACGGAUUGACAGCAUUUGUAGCACUUAGUAUUGUAUAAUUUAGUAUUUGUUCUAUCAUUGGCAUAAUUAAUAAGUGUGUGCAUGAAAAUGUAAUCCACAUAAUGCUAUAUAUUUAUCAAGCCCUAUUUCCUUUUCCUCCUGUGCACCCAAGCCUUUACUUGAAAAUUUAUAUUGCUAAAUGUAUAUAUUUUUAUACACUUUAUAUUUUAAAUCACCACAUCUGUUCUGUGGCUCUGUUAUUUCUACUCUGUGAGACUGGAGAGAAGCAAUAUCGUCAUUUGAGGGCUGUCCUAUAAAACAUGGCAAGUCAUCAUGUUGCUUCUUCCUCAGCCCACUGGGUUCAAAGGAAUAAAUGGAGAGCUACAGUGCCCGAAGAAUGAUGUGGCCACUCCCCAUCAGGGAUUUGCUGUUUGGGGAGUGAAAGGGCAUAUGCUUUUGUGGUAGACCAGUUGGCUUCAAUUAAUCCAUCUCCAUUGUGCGUCAUCUCACUUUUUUUAAAUUUUAUUUUCAUAAAGUUGUUCACAGUAAUGGAUUACAUUCAAUAUUUCAACACCAAUCCCACCACCAUUAUUUCUAAUUUUUCCACCAUCACUCAAGCCUGCUCAACAGGCAGAUGCUAGGUGAACCUGGCAAGUUACCCGUGGCAUAUUCGAUAUGCCAAAAACAGUAAUAAUACAUCUCACAAUGGAGACGUUAUUGGUGCCCGCUCAAGCAAAUCGAUGAGCAAUGGGAUGACAGUGCUACAGUAAUAGAGUGAUUCCUUGUUAUGAAUAGUAUGAGAUGUCGUGUGGCUGUGAAAGUGGCUGUGCACUCCUGGAAUUCUAAAAUUUUAUGUAAUUGGGGUCCAGAGAAAACUCUGCAGCAAGCUUCUCGGUUCUGAGAUUCAUUUGUGAGUCUCUGGAUCGUCGUUAAUGACUCGUUUCACUUUAGCUCAUCUCCAUUUAUCAAGAAAUGAUUUGGUAUUUUGAUGUGAUUGUUUUGGUGCCCAAAAUAAAACCUAGGACCUAAUACAUGCUAAGCUUAAUCAUGUUCUCUACCCCUGAGCUGUAUUUUCAGCCUGGCAAUGAUUUAUUUAAUCUACUGAGAUUUUAAAAUUACUUAUAUAACAGUACCCUGAUGGACAAAAAUUCUUGACACUUC